AACUGGAAGCAUGAUGUUAAUGAAGCCGCAAUUUUCAUCCAUGUUCUAUAAAUUGUAUAAGGCUAUUCGCGAUCGGGAAAAAGAUGCAGAUGGCUUUGUUUCACUCUUGAAGUCAACAUGUACAGUAAAUAAAGUUGAUUUGGCCACCAUUUUUAAUAAUGUAACUCCCACUGGUGAUUCGUUGCUUCAUGUUGCAGCUGAGUUUGGUAGAGAAGAAGUUGUGGAGCUGAUUGCUUCUCACUAUCCCAAUCUUCUGAGUAAGGGAAAUAAGAAAGGUGAUACUCCACUUCAUGUUGCUUCGCGAGCAAAGAAUGUUGAAGCGAUCAAAGUUAUUCUCCUCGUUAUAUCAAAGAAGGCCGAAUUGAUAGAUAAAGCCGAAUUCGUAAUGUUAAGAAAUAAUUAUCAGAGGACGGCUUUGCACGAAGCUGUUUUGAGCAAGCAUUCAGAUGGGGUGGUUCUGCUUUUAGAUGCACAUAGGAGAAGUGAUUUGGCUGCCUAUUGGACUUGGAACAAGAAUUAUGGAUGCAAAUCACCAAUGUGUUUGGCCGUCACGAUAAAGAAUAUGGUGAUUCUUGGUCAUCUCCUAGAGAAAAUUGCAAUUCCUUCAGAUGACCAGGCCAUUUCAAGUGGAGACUCUCCGCUUCAAGCUGCGAUAUUAGAACGAAAUACUGUGAAGAACUAUUGAAAUACAUAGUGAGACAAGGACCAGAAGAGCUCAUGUAUCAAAAAGGUGAAAGACAUAAUUCUCCCUUCCAUUAUGCAGCAUACGCUGGUUUCUUGGGAGGUUGUUCAUAUCAUGUCAAAAUAUUCUUCUCCCUUGUUUGCUUUUCAGCAAAACUUAGACGGCAAUCUUCCAAUCCACCUCGCCUGCGAAAAGGGCCAUGUUCAAGUGGUAAAAAAGCUGCUUGAAAUUCGGUGGUCUGAUGCUGGAUUUUGCCUGAAUAAUGAAGGACAACAUUCUUCACGUUGCAGCAAUCAAGGGACAUGCAAAUGUGAUAAAAUACUUAUUGAAAAAUCCUAUGAUUCAUCGUGACACUGUCAAUGAGAGAGGCUUGUAUGGAGAUACCCCGCUGCAUCUGGCUUCAAAAAAAUUACAUCUUUGGACUCUGCUCCUUCUUUCACAAGACAAAAUAUCAAUGCGAAUCUGGUCAAUAAUGAAGGUUUAACAGCUCGAGACGUUGUUCGGAUACAAUGUAAAACUCCAAUGACACGUCAAGAGUUCUUAGCGGAUGUGAUUUUAAGAAGAGCUGGGGUGCUGCUCAAGGCAAAUAUGCUAGGUGUGCCCUGGGAAGUAUCAGCCAACGAAGAUUGGAAAGUGAAAGACGCAGCUGAAACACUCAUACUUGUGGCCAUACUGAUAGCUACAGUGACAUUUGCUGCUGGUUCACAGUACCAGGUGGGUUUUACUCUUCUGAUGACCCAAUCACAGAACAAAGAGGCUUGGCACUUUUAACUCACCAAACAUUAUUCAAGGUAUUCAUGGCUUUCAACACAAUAGCCAUGUACAGCUCCACCAUUGGUUCUACUAUUCUUCUUUGGGUCCCGCUAGGUGAUCUUCGUUUUGCAGAAAGAGCGUACGGACUUGCUAAGAUUUUUGUUUAUGUUGCUCUUAUAACCAUGCCUGUGGCAUUCCUAGCUGCUAUACGUUUGGUUAUCAGCAAUAACACGUUGCUUGCAGAUGUCAUCAGUGUCAUUGGAUUCAUCUCCAUUUUCUUCAUCAUAUUUGUUCGCCUCUUAGGAAGGUUUCCUCUUGGAUGUCGUCUUCCCAUUUUUCGUCAACUUGGAGAUUUCUUUAUGUGGAUUAUUCUUAUUUUAUUUUAUGGAAGCAAUGACAUUUUUGUUGAA